AUGAUGAAGAACAACUUCUUAUGUUUUCGAUCAUCAACUAAUGCUGCAAAUAAGAACCCUUCACCACCAUUAAAGUCCAAGGAAGUUUCUUCUUGGAGGAGUGUUUCAUUGUCAUCUGGAUCCUUUUAUGACUGUGGGUCAGGAAAAAAGAAUUUCAUGGAUCUGAGCAAAUCUCCCCAUGGUCACAGUAAGAUAGUUCAUCCUAAGAAAUCUGGUCGUGAUUCAAGCCGAGACCUUAGUGUUCUAGUGUUGAUUCGGACUAUUAGAAGAUUGACAAAGGAGAAGGUACAAAUGGCUUCUGAAGUUUCAAGCAUGCUACGAAAUCAAGUUACUGAAAGGGCUUCUGCUGAGGAAGAAGCCAGCAUAUUACAGACAGAACUAGAUUCACAGAUACAAAGAUUGAAGACAGAAAAGAAUGAGUUACAAUCAGUACUGGAAAAAGAGUUGGAUAGAAGAUCCAGUGAUUGGUCUCUAAAACUUAAGAAAUACCAAAUUGAACAACAUAGACUCCGUAAAAGGGCGAGGGAGCUUGCAGACCAGAAUGUCUCUCUACAAAGGGAAGUCUCUUCAUUUAAUGAGAAGGAAGUAGAUAAUAGAAUCAAGAUACUCCGUGAAAGGGAGAGGGAGCUUGCAGAGCAGUAUGUCUCUCUACAAAGGGAAGUCUCUUCAUUUAAUGAGAAGGAAGUAGAUAAUAGAAUCAAGAUGUCAUUUUUGGAGAAACACCUUGAAGAUUUGUCUAAGAGAAUAGAGCAAGUGUCAGAGGAGAAUCAAAAUCUAAGGCAGCAGCUCACUCAGUUACAAGCAGAAUAUCGAGUAGCUCGAGACAAUAGAGAUUAUAUCUGGGAAAACUACCAAUAA